AUGGCUACCACCCACGGCUAUCAUAUAUUAAUCUGCCUGCCACCAGGGUGCAGCCUCCAGGGUGCAGCCUCCAUGGUGCAGCCUCCAGGGGUGCAGCAUCCAGGGGGUGCAGCCUCCAGGGUGCAGCCUCCAGGGCGCAGCCUCCAUGGUGCAACCUCCAUGGUGCAGCCUCUAGGGGUGCAGCCUCCAGGGUGCAGCCUCCAGGGUGCAGCCUCCAUGGUGCAGCCUCCAUGGUGCAGCCUCCAGGGUGCAGCCUCCAGAGGUGCAGCCUCCAGGGGUGCAGCCUCCAGGCGUGCAGCCUCCAUGGUGCACCCUCCAGGGUGCAGCCUCCAGGGUGCAGCCUCCAUGGUGCACCCUCCAUGGUGCAGCCUCCAGGGUGCAGCCUCCAGGCGUGCAGCCUCCAUGGUGCACCCUCCAGGGUGCAGCCUCCAGGGUGCAGCCUCCAGGGUGCAGCCUCCAGGGUGCAGCCUCCAGGGUGCACCUCCAUGGUGCACCCUCCAUGGUGCAGCCUCCAGGGUGCAGCCUCCAGAGGUGCAGCCUCCAGGGGUGCAGCCUCCAGGCGUGCAGCCUCCAUGGUGCACCCUCCAGGGUGCAGCCCCAGGGUGCAGCCUCCAGGGUGCAGCCUCCAGGGUGCGGCCUCCAGAGGUGCAGCUUCCAGGGUGCAGCCUCCAGGGUGCAGUCUCCAGGGUGCAGCCUCCAGGGUGCAGCCUCCAGGGUGCAGCCUCCAGGGUGCAGCCUCCAGGAGGUCAGAUGAGAGGUCCCAUCACCAAGGGUGGUAAUACCUGUGUUGGUGAUGCUACUACAAGAAAAAUCCGUUUCUUCCUCCGGCUGUAA